AUGAGAGAAGAGAUUGCGAGAAUCGAAGAACACUUCGUAUCCAUUUGCCUGACUUGGAGGACAAUUUUGGAGUGGAAUUUUAACUAUACCACAGAGAAACGAAUCAUUACCUUGAUGAAAGCUCUUUCGCCGGCUUAUGUUCGAAUUGGCGGUGAUCGCAGCCAGUUUGUGCUUUUUCAAGCCGUGAAAGGAAAAGAAAAUAAACUUCUUGGGAUAAAAACUUUUAAUAUAUCAGGCGAAGAGUUAGACAGGAUCAACUGGGUCACAGAGAUGGCCGGCCUCAAAGUAAUUUUCAGUUUGAAUUUUUUUAAAAGGUUUGUGAAUGGCUCAUGGGAUCCAAGCAACGCUUUAAAAGUAAUUAAAUACGUCGCAGAGAGAGGAUAUAAAUUUAAAUGGGAGCUUGGCAACGGUAAGAGAAAGAUAUGUUAAUUGUCAUAUUGAUCGUACUGCUUUAAAAUGCAGGGUAGUCUAACUCAUGAGGUUAAUAAAACCUCAAAGUCAGAUUUCAAGAACUAUAUCAUUACCUGUUGCUUUGUUAUACUCCUAAUAAGAUACAUGAAAAAAGUACUCAGUUCUGAUUGGUUACGACAAAUGUAGUUUUCAGGUAAUUCAGUGCAGAAGAGGGUUAAUUCAGUGCAAAGAAGUAACAAACCAGACAUUCUGAUUGGUCAAUUAUCAAAGAAACCCACAGAUAUCCAAUCAAAUGCGAGCCUUGGAUGUCGCAACAUGUGGCUACGCUGAAAAUUUGCGAGCGAAACAAUGGCCGGCGUUUUAAGUAGGUUUUAUUUCGCCACCGCAACAACAAUACAGCAGCUGAAAAACAGUUCUUACAACGAAAACAAUGUAAAAAGCAUUGCUUUUGGUCGUCGGUUUGGAAAAAGAGGCGUUUAGAGAAGGGAACUGCCGAGCAAAUCAAGAAUUACUAGCCGACCCAGCUUGAAACUUUGCUUGAGCAAUCCUACGCCGAAACUAAAAAGAAACAUGGUUAAACCUCGGAAACGACGAUUCCAUUUCAUCGAAAGUGAUUCGGACACAGACUGAACAAUUCUUUGAACUGUUUAGCCGGACUCUGAAUUCUUUUGCGCGUUAAAUAUAUGAAUACAUGAUUUUUCUCGUGCAAUUUGGAAUAAAUAAGCACUUGCUGAUUUUUUCAAAGACCGCAGAUUGUGCUCGCCCUAUGGGCUCGUGCAAUUUUGUUAGUCUUUGAAAAAAAUUACUCGUACUUAUUUAUUCCAAAUUGCACUCGAAAUAAUGUGAUUACCUAGACUAAUUACAAAUGAAGAACCAUCUAAAUGGCCUGCAGAAACGAAUAAUUGUCUGAACAUGCCUACACGUGUUUUGCUGUAAUGGAUAAUCCACGUUGCCCGAUUUUUCCACGUAGAUCAUUACCAUAAACUUACGGAGACGAUUCUCGUAAAUGAUUAGGGAAACCAAAUUUGGCCAUCAAAUCAUAAAACGAUUAUUGAGUACGACAGUUCCAAAACGUCGUGAAUUGCAAGAGAAGAUCCACUCUUUGGAAAUUGUCAACGGCGAGGAAACCCACAGCUUGUCAAAGCCGAUAUUUUGCCUAGCUUCACUUACUAAUUAUCAAACUUUCUAAUGUCUUGCGUUGUGUGAAAUAAGGAAUCUCAUCUGCCAAUUUAAUGCGACUAGAGUGUUGUUUAGCUUAAAUCACGAGUCGCACAUUUGGGUUUUGGUCAUUCGUUUCUGGUUUCUCCCAAUCACUGCGUUAAGUAUAACUUUCUCUCAUGCUCAGCAAGGCUUAAAAAACUAUUUUUAACCCCAGCCCCCCCCCCCCCAACGUUCCAAAGAAUGUUUCGGAAUUUGAAAACAGAUUGCAAUGGGUUUCAUAGUGCCUCCAAAAUGUUUUGCUUUAUAUCCUUAACAUCAACGUAUGGAAAUGCUUUUUUUGUCUGUGGCAGAACCAAAUCACUUGCGUCGCUUUGGUGUCACUAUCUCGCCUGAACAACUGGCUGAAGAUUUCAAGCAACUCCGGGGGCUAUUAUCAACAAUUCCUGGCGUUCACAAUUUUCUUGUUGGGCCAGAUGUAACACAGCCUCGAGGAAAUGCAAUGGGAUAUUUACAAAGGUGAGAAAUAUUGAAAUCCACUGCACUCAACUUUCUGAAAAAUGGGAUCGCUAUUGCUAAGAGCAAUAAUUUUGCCAACCUCUUAUUCUCCAAUCAGCAACUUUUGUUGCCUUGAAAAAUAAAGAAUGAGUUAGCACUUGAAGCUGAUAGUGGUCUCGUACCUAGACCUUUCACAACCAAGUGGUUACAUUUCAGUUGUGGUUACACGGUACGAUCUGAAUACUAGAUUAAGCUGAUAGAUCACUUUUUUGACAUUGAACAGGUUUCUUAAGAAAGGCAGCUCUUCCCUCGAUGCAGUAACUUGGCAUCAGUAAGUGAAAAUUAUCAAAUUAAAUCUCUUUUAUAAAAGAACUGAGUAAACACUCGAGUCAAGUGAAUCACUCUGCCAAAGUUUAUCCCGAUUUCCGUAGAAUGAAACGACUAGGAGUAUUACUACUCUCCCCUGGAAAGGAAUAGUAAUCCAUCUCGAUCAGGUAGCCCUCCCUGACGGUUCACUGGUACCCAUUUAUACUCGUACAGGCCCGGGUUUUUCGAAAGGGGGAAGAUGUUAAUCUUGGAUUAAAGUUAACCAUGGCUUUUUAUUCACAUAUAGAAGAGCGCGUAUAAGACGCCAAUUAUUGCUUUGUUUUGUCUUUGUUUUAUUUCGAUAUGACUCGAAACUGAGAGGAAAAAGAUGGAAAGAAAGAAAUCCCUUUGCAAGGCUAUGAAACUGAAUUAAAAAUUUACACUAGCCACGGGUUAGAUUCCUCGUGUUUUAAACAACUUAACCUGCAGGUUAAAAAAAGAAAAAUGUGAGAGUAAAUUGUCUCUUCCGAGAACAAAACACGUUGACACAGCCAGUUCUCCGCCUCAGACCUCUCAACCCAGAGUCAAGCAUGCGCACUUGCAAACAAGACUCUGUGUUUCCCACACUAAAUUUGGAUGUUUGUUUCUAAUAGUUACUACGUAAGGGGAGAACAUUGUUCCCUUCCACAGUUCUAUGUCCCACAAACGUUAGACACAUUACUCCGAGACAUAAAGGAAGUAGAUGAGGUAAUCAAUCAGUAUGCUCCAGGUCUUCCCAGAUGGUUCGGUGAAACUGCGAGUGUCAGCGGAGGGGGUGCAGACGGAAUAUCUGGCAGAUUUGUAGCUGGUUUUAUGUGAGUAGACUCGUAUAAAAUCUUAGGACUUAGUGAAGGAUCUUAACCACAUUAGAAAAGACAAAAAUUAUAUUGAAUUUGUGCUGCCAUUCUAAUUUAAGAAACAAAUCUUUAGUAGAUGAGUGCUGAGACACUAGAGACAAAUUAAGUAUUUUCGUACUCUUGGUAGUUCUAUGAACAUUAGCCUGUACUCAGUAAGAUAUUUAGUGCUAGAACUAUACGUUGGGAGGGCUCGAAAAUCAUGAUGGUAGCAAAACAUUUCAUUUAUUCUUGAGUCAGCAAGUCCUGAUUGAAACAAGAGAGACAACCUAAGAUAAAUAUCAGUCUACGUGUAAUACAACAUGCCAAAUCUUAAAAUAUCAAAAUAAGUUACCAAAGGAGGAUUCCGCUAUGGCCAUAGAACGCUGAGUGGGAAAAAGGAAUAUUUGUAACUCCUCUCGAUUCGUAACUUUUUGACGCUUGUUUCCUCUUCCGUCAAUUCCGUUUUAGGUGGUUGAACAAACUGGGUAUGGCGGCUCAACACGGGUAUGAGGUCGUUUUAAGGCAAACGAUGUUCCAGGGGCACUACGCGUUAGUGGGACGGCAGGACUUGGAACCAAAUCCAGUAGGUCAUAUGCAUUUUAAUUUUUAAAUUUAUUGCAAUUCAUAAAUUUAACCCACGGACGUUAAAGGGGGGGGGUAGGGGUGGGAUGAGUACUACCCUCCCUCUCUCUCGGCUUUUCUUAUAUUUUAUAAAGAAUGUUAUCUAGGCAACUUUAGUCGCUGUUCGUUUAUCUUGGAGACAUGUUUUCGUGGUCCAAGGGUUGAAAUGAGCUACGAAAGAAUUACAUGUUUUAAGUUGAAAAGGAACGUAGAGCAAGUCUAUUAUUCAUUUUCUGAGUCAUUUAUUUUCCUGUCAAGUUUGAUAGCUACUGUUCUCUUGACAAGCCAAAAUCUAUUGUAGGAAAGUAAAAAAAUCUAAAUGAACGUUUUCUGGAAAUAUGAUAUUAUCGUCCAAAUGAAUAGCCAGCGAAGCAACUGGAGCUAGCAUCGGUCCAUUUCAAGGGUGCAAAGAUGUCGUUCGAACGUUCUUUCUUAAAUUCCAUUACAAAUAUCCAAGAAUUAGUUGUUUACCAAGAUAUAACUUGUUGUCCUUUGAAUCUCUUUUAAACUAUAUAGCGCAUCUCUCGAUGCCAGUAGAACUGGUAUCAAUAAUAAGAAAACUGGAAAGAGUACCUCGGUCUCCAAUCUCUUUUGAGAAAAUGCAUCCCAUAGAAAUCCACCGACCACCCCCUAGUUGUCAGGAGUGAUUGAUAUCGCACUCCGCGCAUGGAUGAAUUGUUACCUGAUGGAGAUUGUAUUAGGUCGUGUUAAUACUUUUUCUGGCCACUGCUUGGUUACUUUUCCAGUGAAUGGACCCUUUAACCUUAAAAGAGAUAUGCCAUGAACAUUAUACACAUAAUGUAUGGUCCCGAGGGAAACAGUUAGUUUUGUUUUCUUUUGAGUCAUGAUGUUUCCCUCGACUUUGUCUCGGGAGACAUCAGACUCGAGGGAAAACAAAACUAGCUAGUUUCCCGUGCGACCAUAAAUUAAGUGCUUUGUUAUAUAUAUUUAGACUUCCCCUUAAACAAUCAUACGGUAAAGACAUGUCAUUGUAUUCGGCGCGCGGGCAACGACUACACUAUUGUAUCCCGGUCGGGAUACAUUUGAAUUUGAUCAGAUGCACGUGACCAAGAACCAACCAAUCGCAGUGCUCGUUUUGUUAAGUGAAGGUCAAGGUAUAUAACAAUUUAGGAUGAUUCACCUUAGAAUGUAACGUUAAAAGCUGCCCAAUUUUUCUUGAGUUUAAUGCACUUGCAAAAAAUUUUUGCACCACUCAGGAUUAUUGGCUUUCACUCCUUCAUAAAAAAUUGGUUGGUGCCAUUGUCCUUGGGGUCAGGAGCGGUUUGUAUCUCCAUGAGAUGGUGAGAGUCUUUGCCCAUUGUACCAACACGAAAUCAGGGUAAGAUCUCAUAAAUUGCUUAAAACCUAUUUGAUAGUUAAACGAGUAGCAUGUUACUUAGUAUCACAUCAAUCAUUUAAAACAUCAGUUUUCGAACCUGAAGGCAGUUUCAGUUCAUUUGGAACAAACAGUACAUUAUAUGCGGAAACAACGUAUGGUGCGCUUCGGAAGUGACGGUUACGUUAAAUGCCAAGCUGAUCUCUCAUCUUAAAAAAACAGUUACUCUCGUUACUUUUUACCAGAACACCUAGUACUUUCAUCGGCAAGUUUCACACUGAUAAAAAAGAGCAAAUCUAAUCAUUUUUCCUAUAAAUUAAUUUUGCAGUCUUUACAAGAGGGGUGCAAUAACACUUAUGGCGAUGAACCUACAUCCAGAGAGAGAGGCUAAUUUAACAUUAAAAGAUAUUCCAGAUCACGAUAUAGAUGAAUUUCUUUUCACUCCAGAUGGAGACAUUACUUCAAGGUUGGUUUUUCCUCUCUCUGGACGAAAUUUGAAUGUAAACCACUUCAACUUAGCAGGAAUCAUAGGCAUCCAUUUGAUUGAUGUAACUCAACUGGAAUUCUCUGAGGAAAAAUUAAUUUUGGGAGUGAAUUUCAAAUGCAACCUGUAAAGCGCGAGAGAUAAACGAGUCGUCAAAUAAUGAUAAGAAGGGGUAAGUUCCCAAAGAAACUGUGGUGCUGCGUCGGUGGGAUGUAUUACAAGAUGAUUUGGUUUCAUCAACAGAGUUGAUCUUGUAAAUUGGCCACCACAAAGAGUCUCUUAAGCUGGCGUUUCCAAAGUUAGGGCUUUUAUCAACUCAGUUUGUAAAACCAAAUUACCAUAUAAUAGUGUUGAACGAUCAAACUGUUACUUGUAUGAAGUUGAAGCUUAUUGACAAAGCUGCGUCACGUACCACAUGAUGUUUGAUCAAUGGAGCGUACCAUUAAUGGCUCAGAACCGGUACAAGUGAUGUUAGUUAUCAAUGCUGGGGAAGAGGGUCGUUGGGCCUUGGAUAGAGAUCGAAUGGAAAGAUUGCAACGGUUAUUUUGAGUUACCCUUUUCAUACAGGAAAAACAUCUUUUUGACUGAUUGAUUGUCAACCCUUUCCAACGGGUCAUAUCAAUUUACCGCCUGCAAGAGAACCUUGUACAUGUGACUACUUCUUGGGUUUGAUUUAUCAUGUGAGGGCCACCACAGGGUCAGCUGUUAAUUACAUCGGAGGCACAGUUCGAGACAUAACCAUCUCAUUUCAUUUAGAGAACACGUUUGCAUGUACUUUAACGACCACUCACCUCUAGCCAUCUUUACCAAAAAUUUCUAAUUAAUCCACCAAUAUUUUUUCCAGGAGGAUAAAGCUUAAUGGCAAGGUGCUUGAAAUGGGCCCAGGUUCUUUUUUUCCGACUUUUCAGCCAAUCAGAAUAGCGAGAGCUAAUCAGGUGAUCCUUCCACCUCUGACGUAUGCUUUCUACGUUGUCCCGGAAGCAAAUGCUAAAGCAUGUUUGGAAUCCACAAAGAAACGACCAUAA